AUGUUCGGGUCAUCGGGAUUAAAGUCAGAAUCUUUUUGUUUCGAAAACUCAAAUGUUGGGGACAAAGCAGUUUCAACACUAUUUUCGACACGAGCUCUUAAGCCUAAUGAUGGUGACAAAAGAGAGUUCAAUGUACAAAAGAUAUUAAAAUCCAUAGCAGUUUCAACAUUAUAUUUGACACGAGCUCUUAUACCUUCAACGAAUUGGGGCCUACUAAACUUUCGCUCUGUUUUAUCAAAGCUGAAACUAGUUACUUCUUCAAGAAAUCCAUUCCAGAGCAUUAUUCUUGAUGGCCAGAGACCCCCAUUUCGCGUAGAACGUGUCGAAGAGUUCUUCAAAACAACAAAAAAUGAGGAGUGGGUUAGUGGGCCAUUUUUUUUGAUGGUACUUCCUUUGAACUUGGAGAAUCCUGGAUCAACGGAAAUUGGUCGCGCGUGGCUUUUACCUUUAUUAUUAUUAAAAGAUCAUAUUCAAAAUACCUCUUUGGCUUAUUUUAUACGAGAAUUGCUGCCCAUGAGCGAAAAACUUGCCCAGAAAUCGAUAGAAUUUCAAACGCUGAAAUUACUAGUCGAGAAGAACAAGAAAUUCUUGACUUUCAAAGAAGAUGACGACAACAGAUUCAAAAUGGACAAGACGGCCGCGAAAGCGAACAUUGAGCUACUUUCAAGAUAUGCCCCUAAUUAUUCGUUAAUGUCUUUAGUCAAUCAUGUCUUGGAAGUCGGGAAUCAUUCUAGAUGUUAUCAAUACAUAUUUGAGCAUUACGAGUGCGCAGUUAUUCAAUUGUUUAUUGAAGCAUGCGCAGAUAACAACAAAACCAGACGAGCACCACCAACAAAACACGUUAUGCUAGAUUUACCUGGAUUUACAAGACAUCAAAUAAUUCUACGGCUUGAUUUCGAACCUACUUUCUGA